AUGCGCUUCGCCAUCCUGCUCUGCCUGGUGGCCGGGCUCCUGGCGGUCCCCGCCAUGGCCAGGCGCUGCCAGGACUCGUGCGAUGCCACCACCUGCGACCACCCGUGCUCCUGCGAGCUCACAGAGCUGCGCUGCCCGGGGGCUAGUGGCGGGGCAACGGGCACGGACUGCAACAACCCGUGCGAGUUCUUCGAGUGCGUCUGCCCUCCCUUCAACGUGCCCCGUGGCCAGGGCGGCCGCAGGCUGAUGGAUGCGGUGAAGGAGCCUCCCGAGUCGGGCAACUGCGGCCAGUUCGUUGAUACGUGCGCUUCAGAUGACGACUGCGCAAACAAUGAAAUUUGCGCACCGGUGGAGCACGUCACCAGCGAGAAGACCUGCCCCAAGACCAAGGAGUGUUCAUGUAACCUGCUUGCCAUGAGCUCACACGCCUACUUGAAACAGUAG